GCUUCCCUCAUGUGCUUCUAUGUACCAUUCCACCGGUAUCAAUUGGAGAUUUUCAAGUGUAUAACUUCAAAAACUUGUGGGGAUCGAGUCUCAUGGCAGGCCUAGAAAUUACGCUAUCUGACUAUUUCCUCCAUUGCCCUGCCCUUCUUGCCGAUACUGAAAGCCAACUCGACAAUCUUUGUUUCGUUAGCAUAGGCCCUGACAGGUAUCUCCUCUGUUGGAGGUUUCCAGGCUCAAUUCAGCCUCCGGCAUAUUUUAAGAUGGCAUUUGCGGUUGAUUGCAAGAUCUCGUCAAGACAGUGCUAUUUAACUACUCAAGAAGACAACAGCAUGUUUGAAGGUUAUCCAGACAUACACAGCACUGUUGCAUCUUGCUGGCUUGAACCGAUGGAAGAUCAGUGUGGGCUUAGAGCGUGGCAGUGUCUUUUGCACUGUCUUCACGAGGUUUCACUGAGUCUUGGUGAGGGGACAUGUACCUCUGAGCUGAUCUCGAGGCCUAUUGCAAUUGGACCUGAUGAAACAGAACUGAUACAAGUCUCGUCGAGACUCUAUGAUGAUAAUGGUCAUUCCCUCGCAAAUGAGUUCCCAAUAUUCAAUUUAUGUGGGGACCAAAGGCCACCAGAAACGUUUGAUGACAUCCCGAUUGGCCUGCCUGUCAAGGUGUGUUUCACACUACUACAUGGUCCAGGUAUACAUGGAAACCGACUUAUUUGAGGACAUUUCCUGUCUAUUUGUGAGGCUCAAUACAGUCAGUUGCACACUCUUCUGCAAAAUGCAGUUUCAUGAUGACUGUUCUUACUUAUUUAUUUCUAGUAUAGCCUAGUCACUCUGUAUUUUAUAUUACCUGAUCUACAUAUAUUUCACUGUGAUGUUU